UAGCAUUCAAGUAAGCAGGUUUUCGUCUUCCACAACUCUUCCUUCCUACUCCCGCCGCUUUACCUCUGCAACUAACACAAGAACUCACUUGGCCGUCGUUCUUGCUUCUCCUCGCCGCCGUCUUCCUAGCUUCUCCUCUCCGCCUUCCUUGCUUAUCCUCGCCGUCUUCCUUGCUUCUCCUCGUCGCCGCCGUCAACAAGCCAUCACCAGUUCUAUCGAGUUUUCAGUAAAAACAUCUCUUCUUAGCUGAUAACCGGAAGGAAGCAAAAGAAUGACUUCAGUGGCAUUGAAAAAGAACUAUCGUUGUGUUCAGUCAUUGCAACAAUUUUACUCAGGUGGACCUUACACAGUCUCUUCCGAUGGAUCUUUCAUUGCUUGUGCCUGCAAUGACACAAUCACCAUAGUCGAUUCCUCCAAUGCUUCCAUUAAAUCCACCAUCGAAGGUGAUUCAGAGCCUGUUACAGCUCUUACCCUUAGUCCUGAUGACAAGUUCCUCUUUUCUGCCAGUCACAGUCGACAAAUUAGGGUUUGGGACCUCUCCUCCCUCAAAUGCCUACGUUCCUGGAAGGGACAUCAAGGUCCAGUAAUGGGCAUGACAUGUCAUGCUUCUGGUGGAUUGCUGGCAACUGCUGGAGCAGAUGGUAAAGUUCAAGUAUGGGAUGUUAGUGGAUUCUGCACACAUUUCUUCAAGGGUCAUAAAGGGGUUGUGACCAGUGUUGUUUUUCAUCCUGACCCCAAUCGAUUGCUUCUUUUUUCUGCAAGUGAUGAUACAACUGUAAGAGUUUGGGAUCUUACACUCAAGAAAUGUGUUGCAACUUUAGAGAGACAUCGAUCAACAGUGACUUCCAUUGCAAUAACAGAAGAUGGAUGGACUUUGUUGAGUGGUGGCAGAGAUCAGGUUGUAAACAUGUGGGACCUACAUGACUACAGUUGCAAGAUGAGUAUACCUACAAAUGAAGCAAUUGAAGCUGUAUGUGUUAUUGGCACUGCAUCUCCUUUUCUUUCAUGUCUGAGAGGAAAGAAAACUGGUGACUCUCAUGCAUUCCAAUAUCUUACAGUUGGUGAACAUGGAAUUGUUAGGAUAUGGAAUUCUCAUGGUGCAGUCUGCCUAUUUCAACAAUCAUCUUCUGAUGUUUCUGUAAGCAAAGAAGAUGAAGAGGAAGCAAAAAGGGGCUUCACAUCUGCAGUGAUGUUGCCAUCUAAUCAAGGGUUAUUAUGUAGCACUGCUGAUCAAGAAUUUCUCUUCUAUUCACCAACUGAAACCCCUGAAGGAACUUUUCAUUUAAAUCUUGACAAAAGACUUGUGGGAUACAAUGAGGAGAUUGUGGACAUGAAGUUUUUGGGUGUUGAAGAACAGUUUCUUGCUGUUGCUACAAGUGUUGAACAGGUAAGAGUGUAUGAUCUUUCCUCCAUGUCAUGUUCUUAUGUAUUGUCAGGACACACAGACAUUGUACUAUGUCUUGACACGUGUACAACUACAUCUGGAAGAACACUUAUUGUAACAGGAAGCAAAGAUAACACAGUAAGAUUAUGGGAUUCCAACAGCCAUUGUUGCAUUGGAAUUGGAAGAGGUCACAUGGGUGGCAUUGGAGCUGUUUCUUUUGCAAAAAAGUCACAAUCUUUUUUCGUUAGUGGUAGUAGUGAUCUUACCUUAAAGGUAUGGAGUUUAGAUGACCUUUCAGAUGAUGUAAACGAAGCAUUUAGUUUAAAAACUAAAGCAGUCACUGCAGCUCAUGAUAAAGACAUUAAUGCCCUUGCUAUUGCACCAAAUGACAGCCUUGUUUGUAGUGGCUCCCAGGAUCGAACAGCUCGCAUCUGGAAGCUUCCAGACUUGACACCUGGCGUUGUCUUAAAAGGGCACAAAAGAGGAAUAUGGUCUGUGGAAUUUUCUCCUGUUGAUCAGUGUGUAAUAACAGGAUCUGGAGACAAAACAAUAAAAAUUUGGGCCAUUUCAGAUGGAUCUUGUUUAAAAACAUUUGAAGGACACACAUCAAGUGUGUUCAAAGUCCAGUUUAUUACUCGUGGGGCCCAGAUUGUUUCUUGUGGUGCUGAUGGUUUGUUAAAGCUGUGGACUGUUAAGACAAAUGAAUGUGUUGCAACUUAUGAUCAACAUGAAGACAAGGUGUGGGCAUUGAGUGUUGGGAAGAAGACAGAAAUGUUGGUGACAGGUGGCAGUGAUGCUGUAAUCAAUUUGUGGCAUGAUUCCACUGCUGCUGAUAAAGAGGAUGAAUUCAGGAAAGAGGAGGAAGGUGUAUUAAAAGGACAAGAGCUAGAAAAUGCAGUGUUAGAUGCCAAUUACACCAAAGCAAUUCAUCUUGCCUUUGAGCUUCGUAGACCACAUAAACUAUUCGAGUUAUUUGCCCAACUUUGCAGGAGGGAAGAUGCGAAAGAUGAGGUGAAGAAAGCUCUUGGUGUUCUUGGAAUGGAAGAACACAGACAAUUAUUGGAAUACAUUCGUGAAUGGAAUACAAAGCCAAAGCUAUGCCACGUUGCUCAAUUUGUUCUUCUUCACCUUUUCACAAUUCUUCCCCCAACUGAGAUAGUCGAGAUGAAAGGUGUUGGGGAAGUGGUUGAAGGGUUGAUCCCAUAUUCCCAAAGGCAUUACAGCAGGAUAGACAGAUUGGAAAGAAGCACAUAUCUUUUGGAUUACACUUUGAAUGGAAUGUCACUCAUUGAACCAGAAACAGGUGUUGUGGAAAACCCUAAACCAAAACUCCAAGAUUCUUCUAUUGGUUUUUCUGAUGAACAACAAGCUUCAAAAAAGUCUUCCAAGAAACGAAAGUCUCAGAAAUCAAAUGGAGGAAACAAGAAAGUUAAGGGAAUGUAAUGAGCUUUAUGUAGAUGUGGUUUACAUUUUUUGUUAUUGUGUUCUGGAAUUUUGUUAAGGGUCUAGAGCAAUGAUUCGUUACACACACUUGUUUUUUUUGUGUUAUGGAAUGUAGAUGUGAUUAGUGAUUACACACUUAUUUUUGUGUUACGUUUUUAUUUGGCUUAUAUCUUCUUUACCUUAUUGAAA